AUGAGUGACCCCUGGCAGGAGUGUCUGGAUCACUGUGUGGAGGUCACGAAAAAGGCUGGACAGGUGAGUACUCGGGUAGAAAUGAGGUGAAGACACACAAACAUGGUACAACAAUAACCCAAAGGUUUGCUCUUCUUGUUUAUGUUUUACUGAACAUUCAGCGCUGGCACAUUAAUAAACACAAUAUUGACAAAUAAGGAGAAGUUUGAGUGUUUAUUUAAAACUACAACUUUCUAUAUGGAGGUUUUGGUCCCUGCAAAACAGCCUUGCUUACAACCUCUGAGUCAUAAGGCUGCAUAAACAGGCCAACUUGGAUUAUUUGUAACCUCUUAAUAAAAGAUAAUCACUCUAUAUUUCUUAACCUAAAUGUAUGAAAAGAUUCUACUACAUGGUAAAAGAAAUUGAUCAUGUGACCAAAUAUUUAGGAGAUGAGCAUCAAUUCAUGGAGUCUGUGAAGGUUAGAAGCACAUGAGUGAAGGGGUUAGACAUUCAUUUACAAAAAAAACAUUUUUCACUCUUGAAAGUUUUAUUAGAAUUGUGUUCAGACCAAAAAAGGUCAUUUUAAAUUUGUUUUAUACAUCAAUUGUUGUAUCUAUGAGCUACAACAUGAGGUCAAAACUUAACAUAAAAGUCCACCAUUUUAGUUCAGAGGACUAACUUCAACUGAGAAAGUAAAGGAGUCUGAUGGGAGGAUCAGAGUUUCAGUUCAGAUUCUUGAAAUGUUUUACUUUUUCUUUUCAAAAAUACAGCUGUGAAUUUUCUGAAUCUCUCAAAGACAUUCUCAUGUUAAAAUAUCGUAUUACAAAACAGCUUUUUAGCAGUUAUAUGCAAUAAUAAUAAAAAGAAUUACUGUACCAGUUAAAUAGCGCAAAAUAGAAAUACACGUGAAUGUGAAGAAGUGACUGUUAUUCAGGGAGGGCUGGGGAGGAGAGUGGGAGGAUAGUAGGGAUACGGCUUAACUUACCCUGCUCCUAUGGUCAACUUACCCCAUACACAGGGUAAGUUGACCAAGAGACCACUUUUUUUGGCAUGCUAUAUAAUCAAGACAGUUAUGUUUACACUCAUUCUGUUGGUUUGCAGGGAUGUACAACAUCUUGAAAUAUAUGCAGAUACACUAGUUAGAGACAAAACUAUGAUUGUCUUGAUGUAGUGAUCCAGAAUAUGAAAAAUGGCUCAUCUUACCCCACUCUUCCCUAUGCCUCGAAUGAAGGCACAACCUUUAGUGAAAUUUGUCUUGUAAAAAGGUCCAAGUGUAAAAAUUUCACAGUUCAGGACAGACUGAGGAUGAUCUGGAAAUGACCAAAUAUGGCUACCUAAGAGGGGAGGCUCAUCUGAGCCCUUCACUGUUUUUAGCUCUGCAGGUCCAAAGUUUUUAGAGUGAAUUUCUUGAGUGUGAUGAGUUAAAUUAGAUCAUUUUAACUAAUCAGAACUUGAUCUAAUCUACUGUGAUGAGAUCAAGUCAAAUUAUCUGUUAGCUUUAGGCCGUGUUUGAAAUAGCCUCUUAAACUGUGCGUGUUUUGAAGUGUUAUUUACUCCUCUUUCUUUCAUGACUGUCACAGUUUCAGUCAAAAGUUACAGCAAAGUGUACAGCAGAGAAAACAGCAUAAAAUCUACAGUUCCACCUCAUCUUCUCUGCCUCCUCUCUCCCUCAUAAGCCGUGACCAUAACACACAUCACAGAGGGCUAAUUAAAAGAGCAGAUGCACUCAUUCAUCCAAAAAAUCCUCCUUGUUGAGUUUCGUCAUCGUUUGAUUCUCUGCCAGAUGAUCCGUGAGGCGCUUCAGAAGGACAUCGCCGUCAUGCAGAAGAGCUCGCCGGUUGACCUUGUGACCGAGACGGACCAGAAAGUGGAGCAGCUCAUUAUAUCCUCCAUCAAGGAGAAGUACCCCACUCACAGGUACUUGACUGGCAAAUAAGGACACGGGAGGCGGUGAGAGGACUGCUUGAUUCUGAGAUAAUCUGCUGCAUAAAGACCAGAAUAUUUAUUAAGGAUUUGGACUUUUUCUUCUUUCUUUUUUAUUAUUUUGUUAACGAUUUUAUCACUGAUUUAACCUUUUUCAAUUUGUUUACUUUGUGUGCAGAGUGGGUGAUGACUGUGUAAUUUAGUUCAAGUACACUCUUGUGUUUAUAGCUCAUCCUGGAAGUGCUCUAGCCUCAUUAUACAGAAAACAUUGUGAAAACAUGAGCUAAAGGGAUAUUCUGGUGUAAAAUUAAGUUAUAGUCAAACACACCAUAACUCUCAUGGACGUGGAUGUUAUGAUAGUUGUGAGAACUGUAGCCUGGAAACACUGAACCCUAAGAAGCAGACCCAGAUCCGAGUGUUUACUACAGCUGCAGCUGCAUUAAAGAGUAAUUUUGCUCUCUCUGUCUCUGAUCUUGCAGUUUCAUCGGUGAGGAGUCAGUCGCCGCCGGUGCGCCAAGCAUCCUGACCGACAAUCCCACGUGGAUCAUCGACCCGAUCGAUGGUACCACCAACUUCGUUCACAGGUACGGCCUGCUCAGAUAUACUGUACGCCUGAUACCUCGCUGGGUUUGUUUUAUCUCUGUCACUGCCUAUCUAUUUUUAUCUUUUAAUUAGCUCCUCUCUUGGAUUGUCCUCUCUGUCAGGAAUAAUUAGAGCACGUAGAUGAAACUGAACUGAUUAUAGAAGCUGAUUCCUGCGAGCCAGAACCAAGAGGGACUUCAUUAAGUGAAUGUUUUAUAUCUUAAAUGUCUUUUGUACAGGUUCCCCUUUGUGUCUGUUUCAAUCGGCUUCACUGUGAAGAAAGAGGUUUGUUUUAAUUGUUUGCUUUUAUUGUUUCUUUGACACUCUAACGUCUUAAUUAUAGAAAACACGUACAUAGUAAACGCUCUGAUACCCCAGUGGAUUCCUGAAGAGGAGUACAGUCGUUUUUUUCCUUUUAUUCGCCUGUUCUUCUUUUUUUCCCUCUCCUCCUUCACCACAUUAAUCACCGCCGCUGUCUGUGCUGCCUCUCGCUCCCAGAUAGAGUUUGGGAUCGUGUACAGCUGCAUCGAGGAUAAGAUGUACACAGCGCGCAAAGGGAAAGGAGCUUUCUGCAACGGAGACCCAAUCAAAGUGUCAGGACAAGAGGGUAACGCUUGAUAAACGCGCCAAGCUCUAGGGCUGCGGUUUCGAACAGAAUCCACCAGAUGGCGACCAAGCGACACUUAAAACCUCUGCACAACAUUUGAGAUGAUGUGAAGGCGUGAGCAGGCUUGGUUAUGCUGAGUCAUGUUUUGUAUUCUUGUGUUUUUUUUCUCAUCCAGAUAUUACCCAGUCUAUAGUUCUGACAGAAACAGGCUUCAAGAAAGAUCCAGAGCAGUUCAAGACGAUGUUGGCCAACCUCAAGACCAUCCUCACCAUUCCUGUACACGGGUAAAUAUACAGUCCUGCACAUGAUAGUACCUCUUUAGUUUGGUCUGCAUUUACAAGUUAAUAACAAGAAGUCAUUUUCAUAUUGGAAACAAAACACAUUUACAGUGAUUAAAUGAUAAAAACAGUUUGAUUAUUUGUUGUCUCUUAGAUUUGCUAUACCUACUAGUUUAUCCUACAUACCCAGAAUUGACCCUGUUGAUACUACGGUAGGUUUUAGUGACACAGCUACAGUGUUGAUUUCAUCGACGAAGACGAACUAAAAAUAAAUUACUGAUAUCAUCAAUCAAUCAAUCAAUCAAUCAAACUUUAUUUUUAAAGCACUUUUCAUACAUAUAAUGUAAAACAAAGUGCUGUCCAUUCAAGUAGGAAAUAAAAAACAAUGAAAUAAAAUAAAUACAAAUACAAAUACCAAACCCCACCCACCCUCCAAGCCCCCAUUCAACACAUACAGCACUCACACACACAGAUACACACGCAAAAGACCAGGUGAGGACUCUUCAACUUGCCAUUGAUGACUGAGGAAACACUGGAUCUAGGACUAAAACGAUAAAACCGUAAUAAAAUAUAAUAAGGUGAUAAGCAUUAAAAGUUAAAUAAAUAAAAGUCUUAAAAUCAAACAAUUCAAGAAAGUGAAUUAAAAAAGAGGUAAUCAAACAGAAUUGUUUCUCUACAACUAAAUAAAAUCAUAUAAUGCAGAUUAAAAGAUUAAAACAAAAUUUAACUAAAAAGACAGAUAUCAUAUAUUAAAUAAGAUUUUGUUUAUGUUAACAUGACGAUGAUAAGACACAUUUUUUUCCCCUCUGUGCAACAGAUCAGUUCCCCAAAAUACAAGCACUGCAUUCCUGUAACAGGCUAAAUUAGCUAAGGGGCUCGGUGUUCAUUUUGGCAUUUAGCCUUUCCUGCAACAAGUGCACUGUUGGUACCAGAGCAACGUCUAUUUAAUAUUUGACGUUUGCAGCUUUUGCAGUAAUUACCGUUAAUCGCUCUGUGUCGGAAAGUCGCUGGAAGAGACGUUUGAGAGGGGAAUUGAGUAAGACGCAUUUUAAACAAGGAGAAAGCACAUCAGGAGAACCUCAGUGGGAGAAUGUCUCCAGAUACAAGGCUGUCUAAGUUUGAUUAAUCACUUUUAAUCGCAUGUUAAUUAUUAUUUUCAAUUUUAGAGAGGUUUGAAGUCCCUAUAUCUGAGUUAUACACAAUGUUUACAUACGAUAACACUGUAAGAAAUGUGCAGGAGAACAUCCACAAAAUCCAGAUAUCAUUUUGAUCACUCACCCUGGUUAAUGUAACAGCAUUUGCACUUUUCAGAAGAUCCUUUUUGCUUCUUCUGCUCCUCCAGUUUAGAUCCAUCUGUAAAUCUGUGGCAACUUGCACGCUCUAACAUGAAACUCCGCCCACUUUUGUGACGCAGCUGCUCGCUGACAGUCUGAUUAGCUGCACAUUUCAAACUCAGUGAUAGUUUAAUUCUGUUUGACAAAAAGUGCAUAUUACCUCUCACUUUUCAACCGAGCUGUCUGGGAAAAUUUCAGACUGAAAAGUUCUUAUUUUCAAACACGGCGACAGCAGGAGGACGCUCCAUCAGUUUAAUUGCUGUGAUUGGAAAAAAGGGAUUGAGUUACUCUGGAUGCUGACAGCCCUGAUUUGUCGCUUUCUUCUAAACAUUUUUUCUUAAAGUCUAAGUGAGCUUUGUUUUCGAUUCAGACACUUCUCCGAGUAAAGAGAUUCCCUGAUCUCCUCCAACUCCUCCUCAGCUGCUGAAUUGAAACCUUGUUUUCAUUUUGCUCUCAUUAAGAUCCGUUUCUUCUCCGCUCACUUAUUCACCAACCAAAAUAAAGUUAGCGCACUGUAGCUGCAGGCUGUGCUGCUCUCCUAAUAAAUGAGGUGGGUCCUUUUGUUAUUGAUAGUAACAGCGAGUUUGGUUGGAUUCUGCAAACAGUCUAAGUUUCGUCUUUUAUAAGAGAAACAAAAAGUGUGUUUACUGUUUAUUUUUACCAAAGAAAUCAGUCAAAAUCUGUCAAGUAAGUCAUACUGGUCCCUCUCCUCUCUGCUCUAUUUGCAUGAUUCUUCUUUUAAAGGGUGAAAAAUGCAGGACAUCACAGCUGUCUUGUUUUGCAAUGAAGGUGCACAGAGUCCAGUAAAUCAUCACACACAAAAAAAAGGAUUUCUUAACCUUCUGCUUCGCAAUGAAAGCCCCUCAGUGGUUUUCCAGUCAAAGGCUUUUAAUGUGAAGCAUCUGAAGGAGAAUUGUGCCUGUUUGAGGCAGCUGUAACUCUGCACAGCUCUGAUGUAGCUGCAGGAGGAUGAGAAGUGAACGCUGAGGGUGGAAACAAUGAGAUAAAAAUGGAAACAGCGACUCUGGAUUAUGUGCAAGCAUUUCCAAGAAAGAAAGACAUGUGUUCGACCUCAGUGUGGAAAACUCCAGGGAGACAUUUAGGUGUUCCUGGAGAUCAGACUCUUAGCUGGGGAAGGAGGGAUGUCAGAGAUCUGUGAAGGUAUAAUCCUUUAUACAAUCAGGGCGUUUUUUUUCUUGGAGGCGUCAUGAGGAAAAAACGCUGACCAGUUCCAACAGGGUCUUCUUCAGGGCGUGGCGAGGAAGUUUCUUUCAUUAGUUUUUAAAAAGAUCAAAUAAAAGAGGUGAGAAAUGAUGUGAAAUCAAAGCAAAGAGAUGAAAUGUAAAUGUCAGACACAUAUUGAAUCUCGAUAAAAAUCUGAAGGAAUAAAACUCCGUCUUUUGUAAGAGGCUCUUUGUUUUGAGUGAACCAUGAGGAGGUGAAGUGUGUGUCACAUGCAGACUUUCCCUUUCCAUCCACAGUAUCCGCUCCCCGGGCAGUGCAGCUGUCAACAUGUGUCUGGUGGCGUGCGGGUCGGCGGACGCUUACUACCACAUGGGCAUCCACUGCUGGGACAUGGCCGGAGGGGCGGCCGUCGUCAGGGAGGCUGGAGGAGUGAUCAUGGACAUCUCAGGUGAGUCACUGCUCUUCACACACCAACUUCUCCGAGGCCGCUGAGUCACCGAGUUCAGUGAAGCAAGAGGGAGCAAGAGGAGGGAGGAAACGCAGGAUUACUGAAUUACUUAAGAGAACAAAACAGCUGGAACGGGGAAAUGUUGCUCAAAGCCAACAGAGGUGUUUUUAAUGUUCAUGAAUAUUUGAUGCCACUGAUUUUAGGUUUAUUGUUUUUCGCUCUUCUGUCUGAUCUCAAAUGUCAAAGUCGAAGAGGAGGAAUAGGGCAGCUUGUGGUUUUGUGAAAGGGGAAGCAGCAGGUUUGAUGAAAUUUUAGCCUCAUUUUGGGCAACAUUGCUGCAGACGUGGAGAAUACUCAGAACAGCUACUGAUGCAGCUUUAAAAAAAGAAAACCUUUUUUGAUUGAAAGUUUGAUUAAAAAUGUGAAACUUGUAGAUAAAUCACACACUAAGUAAAAUAUUUAAGACUUUUUUGUUUGAAUCUUGAUGAUUGCAGCUCACAAAAACAAAAAUCCACUAUUUCAAAACAGAAUAUUGUGGAAAAUUCCACUUUCUUGUCGGUUAUUCAGUCCUGAGAAGAUCUCUAAUGAUUCAGCACUCAUGACCACAAUUGUGGGGAAGACUGCUGACAUGACAUUAUCUAGAAGAUCAUCAUUGACGCUGCUGAACAGGCUGCUUCACAGAGUCUGUAUGGAAGCAGAUUCUUGGAAAGUUGACUGUAGGAGGAAAAGGUGACCAAGCCACAGGGAUGAGGAGAUCCAAGAACUUUAGACGAGCUUUACAGGAAGUAGACUGAGACUGGAGUCAGAGCAUCAAGAGCCGCUUCUGAGAAGCUUUACCCCCAGUUUCCACUGCAUCUGGAAUGGCUACGAAAAGGCUGUAUCUGCCGAUCGUAGCUAAUCAUAAACAUUCAUAUUAAUGUGUCAGUUUCCACCGGCUUCUUUCCAUUCCGCUGCGGGUUCUUGUGAGUUCUGGCAAUUCUUGCUGUCUGUGAUCCACCAUGAAAUUCGCCUCACAAACGGAUCUGGUAGGAAUUGGCAUAUGGUGAAAAUCGUUGCUGCAUCCGGACUGGAGCAGUUCCAGAUGCGGUGGAAAUCCCGGGUUAGGGAGAUCCAGAUUUUCUUUUCCUGCAGGCUCUGACACCUGCCCACAGCACCAAAACUACGAGAAACUGGUUUGCUCACCAUGGUUGAUUUGCCAACCAACUCGCCUUACUUGAGCAUGAAGAGGAUAAAAUCAGCAAACACCAUUUUGUCUACAAGAGAUGCCCAUUCAAACACAAACUGAAAGUCCCUCACAGGAGGUUUAACGUGAUGGAGCAAACUUUUCGCACAGAUAGAAACUUUCUCAGCGCUCAGGAGGGUCAUACGAGGAAAAAAGAUCUGCAUCCGGCCGAGUCUUCUACCUCCCCGAAGGUUCUAACUCACUGAUCUGAACUCUGAUCCUGCAGAGGGUCGCAUUUUGAUACGAGCGGGAUCAUGAUCCCGGUAAUUCAUCGCCCACGCAUUCACCGUCUUCCUUAAAUCUAAGAGCUGAACAGUUUCCUCCCUCGUGGCUCACUUGGUACUUUGCAUUUGUUCUUCCACACAGCCGUGCCUUAAAACCAGGCAGAGAAUAUGAGCCAGAUUUAUGCUGCCGCCAUAGUGACCAGUGUUGUUUUAUUACACCUUUGACAAGCAAUGCAUCAAAAGUUUAUUACCCGAGAGUGAAGGAACUCUUUGAAUCACUUAAAUGAUGUCAUGUCCUCGGAUAACCUGGUCACUCUGUGGUGGUGUUGGUGCAAACCCACAGCACUGAUGUGUAAUGAUUCUCUGGAUGCUUCAUUAGAUGCCUGAUCGUCUUUGCUGCGGUUUCACUUUGUAGAAGCGUAUGGAUUUUCUUCAAACAUAAACCUGCUCAGGAUUAGAUUCUGAGCAGCGGAAUGUAAAGAAAAUGUGACGGUACACGUAAAUAAAUUUGACAAAGAGAGAGGAGAUUUGAGCAGCUUUGAAACAUCAGGGCUGAGAUGCUCCAAAUUCAUCUGAGUGGAUCACAGGGUUUCAAAAUCAGAUCAGUUCCUGUCUGAUGGUGAUAAUUCAGAAGAAAACUCCCAGCUUAUGUUGAUAAUAAUUUUUGUGAAUAGGGUUGAUCCGAUAAAUCAGGAUUAUCUCGGUUUCUGCAGAGGGCUUGAGUAGAGUCAGAUUAGUGGAGCAAAAUGUCAUAAAACACAAACUGGUCAAACUACACAAGCUUCUCUAAAAUAAAGUCGAUGGCCAAGGUGAGGCCUGAAAAUACAACUGCAACAUUUAUCUGUUUCUGUGAAUCAUCAGGAACAUUUAAAGUAGUGAGAAAGAUCAUUUCAACUCUUGUGGGGACUGGACGAGUAAAUUCUGGUCCACUUAAAAACAGGGGUCUUAAGUUAUGACCCUUGUGCUGUUCGUUUAACACUCAGUCCACCAAAAACUACUAGAAUGACCACGGCAGUCAUUUUGACUUCUCAGUCUUAAUUUGCACAUAAUUUGGAUAAUCAGCAAUAAAAACUAAUAAUAAAUUGGUGGAAUAGAUAAAAAACACAUCAGUACACAAAAUGAAAACUUGAAUGAAAAGAUUUUUACGAACCUUCCUCAAAAUACCAAGACACACACAUUUAGGAAAAGUCAGGGUGCGACUAGGUUUUAUCAAAAAAACAGGUUAUGACAUUGUAAAUUUAGAAAGCAGUCAAAAUGACUGCCAUAAUUACAACUUUGCAACUGUGUAACCAUGGUAACGCAUUGUUGUCUCUUGCUCUCACUGCACUCACCUUUGGCACAGAUCCAUUCAUCUUAUGUAGAGAACAGCAUGCUGGACGGCUGGCUUCCGUGUCUGCAGACUCCAUAUGAACAACAAAAUCGAAUCAAGUCUUCCUCCUCUUCCUCAUCCUCUCUCCCUUUUAUGGUGGAUCACACUACUAAUGUAACAUGAUGCUACUGUAUGGUUAUUUUUAUGGGGCGCUCACACCAAGCGCGAGUGAAAUCAUCUGCUCACAUAAUUCCCGCUAAUCUAGAGGCAUGAAUGAAUAGUAUUUACUAGCUUCAGUCACGCGUCAACGGUAAUUCCAAUGGUAAUUCCUGCCAAUUCAGCUGGCAGGAUCAAGUGAUAGACAAAGGUUUUUUAUAAUUUACCAGGUAAUCUGGACCUCCUCACUUACUUGCCUCCAGGCGAGCUCCUUUUUAUUCAGUUUUCGGUAAUCCGAAAGAAAAGGUAUCGUAUUAUUUGGGGCACCGACACGAUUUGAAGAAGCGUCAAAUCGCGUCUUUACAUUGACUUAACAUGUAAUUCAUCCACGCAAAUGAUUUUAAUCGCGCUUGGUAUGUGGAGACAGUUAGUUUAAUUUCACUAUCAAUAUCAGGAGUAGAAGGAACUCUUAGUUUGUGCUGUUUUUGGCGCCCCCUGUGGACUAAGUAUGUAAGUGUUGUCUCUAAUAUAAAUAUGGCAAUCUGGGUCAGGUAAUCUCUAAAAAUCUGUGUCUGGAUCAAGCAGAUUCAACCGGGAAUAUAGAACACUGAUAUCCAGAUUAAACUCCUUAACAGGCCUGUGUUUCAGCUUUUGUUUUACUUCAUAUUAACACACACAUAAAUCGUAACCUACCGCGCUAAUCUCACAAUAUAGAAAAGACUUUAAUUUCACCAUUCCUCACUUUUUAUUGUCUCCUUUAUUCCAGGUGGGCCGUUUGAUCUGAUGUCUCGGAGGCUGAUCGUCGCCAGCAGCAGAGCGAUAGCAGAGCGGAUCUCUAAAGAGCUUACUGAGUACGACGUCGGCAGGGACGACACAGAUGGCUAA